AUGAAUCUGAUAACAUUGAAUUGGCCAUCGGUGCCGAAACAUUCUUUGUCAUUACUAAUAAAAUUAUUGAAUAACAUCUAUUAGACCAAAGUAGUCUAAUUGUAUAACUUUGAAUUAGUCUGGCCACUUUUGGGUGAUUUCUGUUCAGACACAGGUUAUCUCUUUGUAGUUGCUAAAACUAAGACUUAAUAACUUAAUGAAGACACUGCUAAGAAUCACAUCUUGGUCAUUCAACCUAAUACACUUCAACAUGAAGCAGUUUUCUAAGCUCUCCCUGUUGAAGAUGCACAAUUGAUCUCCACUUAAGGAACCUCAACCUAAAUGUAUGUCUAUCUCCAAACCAAGACUCAAGCUCAGGUCUACUCUAUGUUGACUAAUCCUGUCUUAAUUGUUGAACCAUCCAUCAAUGAUCCAUAAUUUGCUGCUUCAAUCGAUGUAUCUCUAGAGAUCUUCAAUUUCGAGGAUUCACCUUCUAUCACUAUCAAAUAGCCUAUCAAAGUCAUCAAUACUCAAACCAAAGUUUAUGUAGACAAAACCAAAUUCAAAGCAAACUCAAUUGAAAUAGACUCUAAGGAUUAUGCUAAAAAGGAAAAGAAAUUAGGAACUGAUUGGUUUAGUGGCCAAAUCUCAGGAUUCCAAAUUACCUGUGAUCAAUGCAAUAAGGCUACUAAUGGAGUAUAACUUACAUAAACAGUCGAAAAAGCUAAUGUUUAAUUUUACAAACCAUACAAAAUUAAAUCCAUCAAUCACAAUAUUGCCUAAGCCAACGAUGCUUUGAUAUUCUUAAAUGAUGAUGACACCCAAAAGGAUAUUAUUCCCUUGGAUCUACCCAGUGAAGACUAUCAAUGUUUCGCAUCUACCUACUCAGAGAACUAUAUCCUAAGUUUAUGUCACGAUGGAACUCAAUACACCGUGUAUGCCACCAGUGGUAUUAGUUUGACAGGUUGGUUCCCUGUGGGUGAAGUAUUGAAGUUAGGCAAACUAACCAAAAAAAUAUAGAUACUUCAAAAUGACUUCUUAAUUGUUUUGGACAACCAAUCAUUUGCUAUUUCCAAGAUCAACAUGGAGAAUGAUAAUUGGGAAUUAGAUGAAGAAUACGUAAUCAAUUUAAGUCAAAUUCAAACUCAAUAUGAAGACCUUUUAACAUUCACCCCCAAUGAUUUCCUUGUCACUGCAGUCAAUAAAGUUGAUGAUAUCUAACAUUACAAAGUACUUAUUACAAGUGGUGAAGGUGUCUUCUUCUAAGAUUUCUACUUCUAGGAUUAAACUUUAGUAACAGUCAACUUAGAGUAUGUUAAUUUGUCAGCUGAAUUACUUAAAAUUAAACAAUACGCUAUAUCUAGUACACAAUACUUGUUGGUCAAAGAAUUAGCAGCAUUUGAGGCUAACACCUUGAAUGUUUUCAUUUAAACUAGCAACGUCGUUCAAUAUGGUCUGAAGAUUAAAUUUGCUACUAAGGAAGGAUAAACCUAUUUGACCUACUCAGGAUUAGAGACCUAGUUCUUGUUGAAUAGAUAUGGUAAUUGGAAUAUUGUUAGAAAUGUGGCUGUGUCCAAGAGUUAUGCUGCAAUUCCAUAUUCAAGCUUCGACAAGUACAUUGUAGCCAUUUAUCCUAUUGGAGAAUCCACAAAGCCAACUACAGCAAUUGGAAGUUUCAGUUUCACCGCUGAUGCUUUAACAUUUAACCCAUUAAAUUUCGGUUUAUUCUUUAGAAAUGAAAAAUUAUAUGCUAAUUCACCAACCAGCGACACAGAAUAAUAUUCCAUAAAUGCAGAACCUGAAUUGACAUUCAUCCAAACAGCUGAGUUCCCAUUAAAAUCUGAAAAGAUAGUCAUCAAGGUUGGAAAUGAUUUCAGUACUUCUCAAGUCGAUUUCGAUUUGAAGAUAACAGUCAAGCCAGAUCCUCCUGGUCCUGGUCCUGAUCCUGACCCUAAACCCGAACCUGAAGAAAGCUCCAAAUUAUGGUGGAUCAUUUUGAGUAUUGUUGGUGGAGUUCUAUUGAUUGGAGCUAUAGGAUUUGUUAUUUAUCGUAUGAAAAAGAAGAGAGAUGGUGAUGAUUAUGAUUCAAUGAAUUGAAAAAUUGUAUUCAUAUUAAGAAUUAUAAACAAUUAAUAAUAAAAA